AUGAGCAAACUUACUAGCAAUGACUACCUCAUGCUCGCUGGGUCCUUUCAUGGAAUGCAUGCCAUAACAGCGCAACUCUCUCCAGUCCCACCCGUCCGCGCGCCCCCUCCCUCCACCACAAUCCCAAACCUCCAGACCUUCCCUGUUCGCGCAACCGGUAUCGAAGUCCUUGAGAGCUCUCACUUCCGCAUACAAUGUUUCCAGACGCAAACCGGCGUCAAGUUCUUGCUCUUCACUGAGCCCCAGCAACCGAAUGUGGAUACGAUGAUGAAGAAGAUAUACGAAUUGUAUGCAGACUACGUCAUGAAGAACCCUUUCUACACCGUCGAGAUGCCAAUCCGGUGCGAGAAGUUCGAUCGAGGGCUGGAUGGUUUCGUCAAGGUCAGGGGGUGA